AUGGCCGCCGUCUGCCCGCCCGCGUUGCCCCGGGAACCGAGCAGCCCUGCCGUCCACGGCUCGCGCCGCGCUGCUCCGCGACGCCUCCUUGGGGCGGGCCCCGCCAGCGGGCGGGCACUCGCGGCAGAGGAGGCGGCGGCGCGGGAGCGGAGCGGAGAUUCAGUCUCAAUGGAAGUGGUACCAGCCUGGGCCUCAGCCGUGGGUUUCACGCUCCUGCCUCAUGCAGGAGGAGUUUUAGGAAGCAAGAUAACCAGAAAGGAAAUCCCAGUGUGGUAUGAAUCUCUGCAGAAGCCAUCCUGGUGUCCCCCUAACUGGGUGUUUGCUCCAGUUUGGGGAACUCUCUAUACAUCUAUGGGAUACGGCUCCUACCUGGUGUGGAAAGAACUGGGGGGCUUCAGUGAAAAGGCGGUGGUUCCUCUGGGCCUGUAUGCAGGGCAGCUGGCAUUAAACUGGGCAUGGACUCCCAUAUUUUUUGGAGCUCACAAAAUGGGAUGGGGGCUGGUGACUCUCCUGCUCACAACUGGUACAGCGACAGCUACCACUGCUUCCUGGUAUCACAUCAACAGAACAGCCGCUUACUUGAUGGUCCCGUAUUUAGCUUGGCUGACCAUGGCUUCUGCGCUCAAUUACCGGAUCUGGAAAGACAAUCGCAACAAGAAAUCUGAAUAAACAGCUUUCGGUCAAAAACAUUUUUUUGCUCCAAGAAUUUUCUAAAGAAAGUUAUGCCUUACUACUUUUUUAGCUGAACUAUUUACACUACAUUAUAAUUUGACGCUGCAAUCCUUGUUUUAAACAAAUGUGCCUCAAGUAGGCAAGUCUCAAAGCCUGCAUGAAGUUUCGUAGCAAAUUAAACAACAGAGCACAUCAGAAGGUACUGGUUUCCUGUAUUGCAGCAUCACGUUUUAUAUCACAAACAGCACUGUAACUAUUACCAGAAAUAAGCACUAACUGCAACUUCAUUUAGAGGAAGAAAUCCAGCUUCCAGAAUGCUGCUCCUCACAGCCACAAGUGCCACUGUGGCCUGAAUCAAUCACGUUUAGCACUAAGCAUGGUGCCUUACGGUCUCACUGCAGCUUCCGUGUCUUCUGAUCACUGUACUCUGCAAGUGUUUAAGACCAGCUCUUUUUCACAAUUUGUGCCACCCCGCUUGGAAGCACUGUACAAUCCUAAAUGUCAGAUAAAUAUAUUAAACUACAAGUAAACUUACUUUUCUUCCACUGUUUUUGUUACAAAAAGGUUUUGAACAAGAAGAAAAAACGCGAGGUAACAGGAUGCUGUAGCCUAAAGGGGGCCCCUUCCUCUCUUUUCAGCAUUACAGCAGGCAAGACAAAACAGCAAAUUCAGAGUAUUUAUAAGCCAAGAGCACCCAAAUACUCAGCAGCUGUCUGUACAUACCUCUGCAGUCCCAGCAGCAUUGGCCAGAGCACCCACAAGUGCUGUGUUCACCAUUCAGCCCUGUCAGUGGAGCAAGAAGCCGGGCUGUUGGCAGACUGCAUACACAGGCACUGAAGUUGUCUCCUGCCUGCACCUUCUCACUUUAGCUGCUUAGAAAUGGAAACGGGUUUUUCCUCUCUGGGAUUACGGUAGCUGACACAGUAAGAUCUGAGAUGCUUAAUUCACCCACCUGCUUCCUAAAAGAAGGAAGAUAAAAGAAACAAAAAAUCUUUGUCUAAAAGCAUAACAGAGUAUUUUAGCCCUGUGGGCUUGUGGUCCUACCACACAAAUCUCACUACUUUUGUUGUGUCAUUCUUCUGGUUUGCUAAACAUGAUGCUGCUGUCUCCUCUGUAAUGAAGGAAACUUCCCCCUCAGCUCUAGAUCCAGUCUCUGUUACUUGUUUUCACGCACUUCCAAAGCAGAAAGUGCCUUUUGCUUUCCUACAAGUCACAGGGCAUCUGCUGAGCAUCCUCUCAGAGCCAGUCUCAAGCACCUGUUGCAACAUUCAAUGCCACUCAAACUUUCAGAGACAGCUUACUGUUCUACUCAGUGUUUCAGCUGACUAAACAAAGCAGGCUUCUGAAGAGGAGCACCCCGAAAUAGAAUACUUCAUCUUUCUUCAGUGGGCCAGAAAUGAGAUGCUAACAGUUCAAAUUUCUUUUUCUCCCACUUUAUAGUAUUUGUAUGCGCCAAGAACUCAAAAUUAACACAGACCAAUAACUUCAUGCACAGAUUUCAGCAGAUGCUGAACAGCUUUUGAAAAACUACCAGGAGCUUUUACUGAUCUUUCCCCCCCACCUUCCUCAUUCAAGCUUCAUAUACUUCAUUU